AUGGAUUUAGACUUGGAUAGAGUGGAUGUGGAUCUGGACAAGGAAGUUGACCGCCCUGUGGAAGAAAAUACUGGUGUAUCAGAAGCGGAUUCAAAUCUAGAACCAUACGUUGGCAUGAUAUUUGAAUCUGAAGAUGAUGCCAGAAAUUUUUACGUCGAGUAUGCCAGACGGGUUGGAUUUUUUGUGCGUGUUAUGCAACGUCGCCGUUCUGGGGUUGAUGGAAGGACUCUUGCUCGUAGACUUGGAUGCAACAAACAAGGAUUCUCGCCUAAUAAUAAGGGCAGACUUGUACAAGAUAAGAAGCCGCGAUCAAGUGCCCGUGAGGGGUGCAAAGCAACAAUCUUAGUUAAAUUGGAGAAGUCAGGAAAAUGGGUUGUCACAAGAUUUGAAAAGGAACAUAAUCACCCCUUGGUUGCAACUGCCAAUGGUUUCAAUGCAGCGGGUGACAAGGACAAGAAAAUUGAAGAGCUUACCAAAGAGCUGGAUCUCCAGGAUCAUUUAUGUUCAGUAUAUAAAGAGAAGUUACUUAGUUUUAUAAAAAGUGUUGAGGAUCAAACAGAAGAAUGGUCUUCCAAAAUCCAAGUUAUUGUUGACAAUGUGAGGAAAGUUGAAUCUGAGGUACAAAAACAGUCCCACACUAGAUAA